AUGUGUGAUGAUGGCAAAUGCAGGGCAGGAGCUUCUGAAGCGACAAUGCUGCCUGAUGAGGCCGACAAGCACAUUAACCUGAGCGUCGGCAUGAAGAUGGCAAGUAGAUACAUUGCAGAUCAGAUGCUGGAGCAACGGCAUCUCAAAGUGCUGCAUAAGACCUUGUCUACUGCCUGGAACAGGACCGGCCAAGUGCAGUCACUCUCUGCAGCUAUCGCCCUGAUGGAGCAGUACGGUGUCGAGCUCACUGAGGAUGAGGUGCAGCGGAUCGCUUCCAUGGAGCAGGAGCAGCAGAUCGCAGCCUUAGUGAAUAAGAUGCCGCAAGAGUCCAACGAGCAGUUCCAGCAGUUUUUCCUCCAGCUGCAGCUCUUGGUCUCCACGGCUAUGCGGGUGCGAAGCGGAUUGGAAGAUGGUGCCCCAGACAAAGUCGCCAGCGCCCUCGAUGAUGCCGACAGCACUGGAGUCACCCAGCACAUCCUCAGGAUGGCUGUGGUCCAGGCAGGCAAUGAGGCCUCGAUGCAGAUGCAGGAGUAUGAGGCGUGGGUUCGAGAAGCAGAUGAGCAGAUGGCCCGGUUAAUCCGCGGCCAGGAAGAUGCCAUGGCUGCUAGGAAGAAACUCGCCACGCUUCAGGCACAGCUCCAGCAUCAGCGGGACGAGCACAAGGAAAAGUCCAGCAAGGUUUGCAUGAACUUUGUGUCCGGGAUGACCCAGCAAACAAAGCUAGCGUGCUUUCAAGGCUGGCUUUCUUGCAUGAGGCGUGCAAAGCAGGAGGGCUCCAUUGCCAGGGAGUUCGAGGAGCAGCUAGACGAUGUCCAGCAGCGACUCGUCGACUACAGGCAGUCCUCGCUGGCGAACGUCCGCAGCUACCUCGCCAAGAAGGCGGCUGUGAAAGAGGUAGACUUGGUUGCUGAAGUCCUCAACCUUUGGUAUACAGUCAUCAUCGACCAGAAGGAGUCCGAUGCUUUGGCUGGCCAGGUUGAAGAGCUGAGCUGCAAGCUCGCCUCUGCUCAAGGUGCUCAGAAGGAGACCACGAAGAGGGUCAUGGAGCGCAUGAAUGCUGCCCGAGAUCUGUCACUGCUGGGACAGUGUGUGCAGUGCUGGGUUGCAGAGGUUGAGGACAGCAAGAAGCAGGGCACGAUGCGUGAUGUCCUGGCUGAUGCCAAAGCCCGCUUGCAGUCGUUUCUAAAGGGCAAGUCGGAAGCUUCCAUGAAGGUGCUGAAAAUGGCCCUCGGCGGUACCGAGACCGGACUCUUGACUCAGGCUCUUGGUUGCUGGAAGUCUCAAGUGCUUGACCUGAAGAAGGAAGCAGAGUUGGAAAGAAUAGUGCAAGAGAAUGCGAAGCAGACGGCCGUCUAUGGCGACGCGAGGAAAGCCGUGGCAAAGGCUGCGAUGGAAAAAGUUCAGUUUUACUCGGAGCAGUCCCUCCUCAUGGAGACCUUCCAUAACUGGAGGCUCGAUACCAGAGUGGAGGUGACGCUCCAGAAGUACCAUGCACGCAUUGAAGCGAAGCGCCAGCAGCUCACUGGAGUGCACCAGAUGUUCCGCACCUUCGCGCACCAGCUUGAAACAAGCCUGAAGAAAAGCGUGGAUUCGGAGAGGACCUCGACCCUCAGAAGGACGCGGACCCUCCACAAAGCUGAUACCGGCAGUGUCUCCCUUCCGGACAUUCACAAGCCGGGCUCUCCAUCUGCAGAUCCGAUAAAGGCAGAGGCGACACUGCCACGAACGGCCUGGGGAUGA